AUGGCUACCACAACUAUCAAGGUUGAUGGUAUGACCUGCGGCGCAUGUACCUCUGCAAUUGAAGGCGCAUUCCAGGGGGUAGACGGCGUCCAUGAUGUCUCCAUAAGUCUCAUUAUGGGGAGGGCUGUUGUGCAACAUGAUCCCUCUGUGUUACCGCCAGCAAGAGUCGCGGAGAUGAUCGAGGACUGCGGUUUCGAUGCAGCUGUCUUAUCGACCGACGAAAAAACGACUUCCGACGUCGCCCAUGCUAAACAAAUCUCGGUUACCAAACUGGCGGUUGAGGGUAUGACAUGUGGUGCAUGCACAUCUGCAGUGGAAAGUGGACUGAAAGACGCCACUGGGAUACAUUCGGUGGAUGUAUCACUACUUUCUGAACGUGCGGUGGUGGAACAUGACACCGACCUUAUCACCGCGGAGCAGAUUGCAGAUAUCAUUGAGGAUCGAGGAUUUGGGGCACGGGUAUUGGACACAUCUGUGGUCGGGCCCCAAACUUCAACGUCGAUCGGGUCAGAAGAGAAAUCCGGGAUACUGGCCACGACUGUGGCUAUAGGAGGCAUGACAUGUGGCGCUUGUACAUCAAGUGUGGAAAGCGCACUAAGCUCUGUGGACGGAGUGAUCCAAUUCAACAUCAGUCUCCUGGCCGAACGCGCGGUCAUUGUUCACGACUCAACAAUCAUCCCGGCAGAGAAAAUUCCAGACUUAAUAGAAGAUGUCGGCUUCGAUGCCUCCAUCGUGUCGUCAGAGGCGCAGGUCCCCUCAUCGAAGAAGACACAGAAACUGAAAUUGACUUUGCAUGGCUUGCGGGACGGUGCUUCUGCAACUGCAUUGGAGGACAAGCUUGUACAGCAACCCGGCGUCCAGUCAGCGUCUAUAACAAUGGCGAAGUCACGUUUACUGAUUGAAAUUGAUUCCUCUAUCAUCGGUAUCCGGUCUGUGGUCGAAGUGAUCGAAUCUGCUGGCUACAAUGCGUUGCUGGUAGACUCUGAUGAUAACAACGCGCAACUUGAAUCCUUGUCGAAAACCAAAGAAAUUCAAGAAUGGCGAAGAUCAUUCGCCACCGCCCUCGCCUUUGCAGUCCCUGUCUUUUUGAUCAGCAUGAUCCUCCCAAUGUACUUACCGAGCCUCGACUUCGGCGCCUUCGAGCUGAUUCCAGGCCUUUAUCUCGGUGAUCUCAUAUGUCUUUGCCUCACGAUUCCGGUACAGUUUGGGAUUGGGAAACGAUUUUACGUUUCCGCCUUCAAGUCAUUGAAGCAUCGAUCCCCAACUAUGGACGUCCUCGUGAUACUAGGAACGUCGUCGGCCUUCUUUUACAGCUGUUUCACUAUGCUGAUGGCGCUUUGCAGCAUGCACCACAUGCGCCCCAGCACGGUUUUCGAUACCAGCACUAUGCUGAUCACAUUCGUCACUCUGGGACGUUGGCUGGAGAACAGAGCCAAGGGUCAAACAUCUGCUGCCUUGUCUCGUCUCAUGUCGUUGACUCCGUCCAUGACCACAAUCUACGAAGAUCCCAUAGCAGGUGAAAAAUUGGCCGAGCGCUGGGCCGCUAAGGCUGCACACGCUGCGUCCCAACCGCCCGCUUUGGCAGAAGAUAUGACGGUGGGCCACAAAUGCAUUCCCACCGAGCUUAUUCAGGUUGGCGACAUCGUCAUUCUUCACCCUGGCGAUAAGAUAUCUGCCGAUGGUCUGGUCAUCCGAGGCCAAAGUUAUGUCGACGAGAGCAUGAUCAGUGGAGAAGCUCUUCCAAUCCACAAAACAAAAGGAAGCCAUGUCAUUGCCGGCACAGUGAAUGGAACAAACUCAAUUGAUUUCAAAGUCACCCGCACUGGCAAGGAUACUCAACUGAGUCAGAUUGUGAAGCUAGUCCAAGACGCACAGACUAGCCGUGCCCCUAUCCAGCGCAUGGCUGAUAUCGUCGCUGGCUACUUUGUCCCCGCUAUCAUCAGUCUUGGACUGAUCACGUUCUUUGGCUGGAUGUUCCUCGCUCACGUACUGCCUCAUCCACCAAUGAUCUUUGAGGUCGCGGGCAGUGGUGGCCGGGUCAUGGUUUGUCUGAAACUAUGUAUCUCUGUCAUCGUCUUCGCCUGCCCUUGCGCCCUCGGACUCAGCACUCCAACUGCCGUCAUGGUCGGCACCGGAGUCGGCGCAGAGCAGGGUAUCCUUGUCAAAGGAGGCGCUGUCCUGGAAGCCGCCACUAAGGUUACCCACGUUGUCUUCGAUAAGACUGGAACCCUGACCACAGGCAAGAUGAGUGUGGCUCACACUCGGAUCGAGCCUCAAUGGACCAUGAAUGACUGGCGCCGCCAGCUCUGGUGGCUCAUCGUGGGUCUCGCAGAGACCGGCAGUGAGCACCCAAUUGGCAAGGCGAUUCUCUCUGCGGCGAUGACCGAGUCUGGAAAUCCCGGAGAGGACGGGCUACCGGGUAUCAUGGGCGACUUUGAUAACUGUGUCGGCAAAGGCAUCUUCGCCAUCGUCGAACCCGCGUCUAGUGGCGAGCGCAUCCAGCACCGGGUCCUCCUUGGCAAUGCCGAGUUCCUCCGUUCGAAGGAUGUCCCUGUUCCUGCGGAUGCGGAUCCAGACUCCGUCGCAUCUGGAUCUGCCGUUGAUGGAAACCAAGAAGCUGACACGCCCAAGCCUGUAACCAAUGGUUCCGGUAUCACAUGCAUUCAUGUCGCUAUCGACGAUCGGUAUGCCGGCACGAUUUCCCUUCGCGAUACAGUAAAGGAUACAGCACGGGCAGCCGUGGCAGCUUUGCACCGCAUGGGUAUUUCGACAUCAAUGGUAACAGGUGAUACGCUUUCAACAGCGACCGCAAUCGCCACAGCUGUAGGGAUUCCCAAAGCUUCAAUCUACGCCUCCGUUCUUCCCUCUGGGAAACGUGAAAUCGUCUCCUCUCUUCAAGAAGAAGGCGAACGUGUCGCUAUGGUCGGUGACGGUAUCAACGACUCCCCAGCCCUGGCGACUGCAUCCGUAGGAAUCGCCUUGGCAUCUGGAACCGACGUUGCCGUUGAGGCAGCCGAUAUUGUCCUUAUGCGUCCGGACGACCUUCUCUCCGUGCCAGCCAGUCUGGCACUUUCUCGCUCGGUCUUCGCCCGUAUCAAGUUGAACUUGAUCUGGGCUUGUCUCUACAACAUCAUCGGCCUGCCAUUCGCCAUGGGUAUCUUCCUCCCUUUCACUGGCUUCAUGCUACCUCCCAUGGCAGCAGGUGCCGCCAUGGCUCUCUCGAGUGUCUCUGUUGUUGUCAGCAGUUUGUUACUCAAGCUCUGGCGCCGUCCGUCCUGGAUGCGGACUGAACGCCUUGAGAAAGAGCUACAUUCUGGCCUGAUUUCUGCGGCUAGCUCUCAACGCGGCCAUGCUGGCCGGGCGGGCUGGUGGGCUCCCGCUGCCACCUCUUCGGGAGACCCGCGCUCUCUGUGGCGCCGGGUUGGGGGUGCUGGCUCUUCACUGUGGGCUCUUGUUACCGGUAAACCAAGGGCCGUUGAAGACGCCGGCUAUGUCCCACUGCAGACGUAUGAACAGCCGGUCUGA